UUUCAAUAUGGCGCUACCCUUGGUUGCAGGAUUAUUAUUAGUUAACCUUUCUAAAUCUUGAAUAAAAAAAUCUCUUCGUCAUGUCUGUGAUUUGAGAGCUUUACAUUAAUUAUUAAUAUAGCAAUAAAUUGCAAUGAUAUUAAAUAUCAUAAAUAUAAUAAAUACGAAAUAUACAUCAUUAUCAUAAACAAGAAUAUCAGUAAUUUGUGCUAGCACUGUUAUAUCAUCAAAAUGUCUAUUUUACGUGCUAUGUUAUUCAGGUGUCACAAUAAUUAUUCAGUGCUUCCAAGGUAUUCUUUACAGAAAUGUGCCUUACAAGGAAAAGAGCAAAAUAUAUGGAGGGCAGCAAAACGUGAAUUUACUAAAGUUACUCAAAGAUGUGUCAAAGAAAAUGUGAAGGAAUCAAAGCUUUCCUCAUACAUCCUUAAAUUUGGUUUUGGCGGACUAGGAGUAACAGCUAUUUGUAUUCUGAAGUCGUAUAACCAAACUGUGAUCUGUAGAGAAGCUAAAGAAAUAAGUGACAUAAAACCUAACAAUCCUGAAUUGAUCUUUGAAUGGUCAAAAUUUUUCAAGUAUCUCUAUCCACAUGUUUGGUAUUUAUUAUUAGCAUUGUCAAGUGCAUUAAUAGUUGCACUGUUGAAUAUUCAAAUACCGCAAUGCGUUGGAAGUGUAAUAAAUGUGUUGACAGAAAUCUGUCAAACCAAAAGUGAUUCUGCAAAACAAGUAAUUAUGCAGCUAACUAAACCAGCUUUUGCUUUGGCACGCAUGUACAUUGCACAGGCAUUCUUUACUUUUGUAUAUAUUUAUGCACUUUCACAUGUUGGUGAAAGAGUUGCAGUGAGUUUACGUCAGGAUUUGUUCAAGUCUAUUAUCAUGCAGGACAUUGCAUUCUUUGACAAAACACGUUCUGGUGAAAUAGUAAGUCGAUUAACCAGUGAUAUUCAAGACUUUAAAAGCUCGUUUAAGACCUGCAUUUCUCAAGGUCUGAGAAGCUUCACACAAAUCAUUGGUUGUGUCGUCUCUGUAAUAGUGAUAUCACCACAAUUGACCACUGUUGUGGUGUUCAGUUUACCUGCAAUAAUUUUCAUCGGCACUCUCCUGGGAAGAAGCUUGCGCAAGCUGUCGAUGGAGGCACAGAAUCAAGUCGCAAAGUCGACCGCCGUUUGCGAGGAGGCUAUACAAAACAUUCGCACGGUGAGAGCUUUUGCCGCAGAAGAAAAGGAGGCAGAAAUGUUUUACAAAGAGGUGGAACGUUCGUCUGAGUUGUAUGAAAAAUUAGGUUUCGGAAUAGGCUUCUUUCAAGCGGGAACAAAUUUACUGCUCAACGGUAUCUUACUCUCCACAUUAUACUUUGGCGGGCAGUUGCUUUCCACAGGACAAUUGUCUCCCGGAGAUCUAAUGGCGUUUUUAAUGGCUGCGCAAACCAUUCAAAAGUCUUUAGGUCAAUUGUCAGUGCUUUUCGGAACAUUUGUCAGGGGACAAAGUGCAGGUGCUAGAGUCUUCCAGUAUUUAGAUAUGCCGCCUUCCCCAAUGAUGAUCAAUGGUGACGUGAUCCAAGAUAAAUCUCUAGCGGGGAAUAUAGUUUUUAAAGACGUGAAAUUUAGCUAUCCUACCAGACCAGAUCAUGUUAUUUUGAAGAAUUUCAGUUUACAUAUACCAGCUGGGAAAAUGGUGGCUAUUGUCGGUGCCAGUGGCAACGGUAAAUCAACUGUGGCUGCAUUGUUAGAAAGAUUUUACGAUGUUGAAGAGGGCUCUAUUACUAUCGAUGGUCGAGAUAUCAGAUCGCUUAACUCGAGUUAUCUCAGAGGCUGCGUGUUCGGUUACAUAAAUCAGGAGCCUACAUUAUUUGCUACCAGUAUCAUGGAAAACAUUAGGUACGGGAAACAAGAGGCAACGGACGAAGAGGUUAUUGAGGCGGCGAAGGAAGCAAAUGCCCACGAAUUUAUAACAAAAUUCCCAGACGGCUACGCGACCGAGGUUGGCGAGAGGGGCGCGCAGCUAUCUGGUGGACAAAAACAGCGAGUUGCUAUCGCCAGAGCGUUAUUAAAACAACCGUCUGUUUUAAUUUUGGAUGAAGCGACAAGCGCGUUGGACUAUGAAAGUGAGAGGGUCGUUCAAAAGGCAAUUGAAAAUGCUACAAGAGGUAGGACGGUGCUUGUAAUUGCUCAUAGAUUGAGUACCAUUAAAGGCGCCGACAUUAUCGUCGUGUUACAACGCGGUGUCAUUGUGGAGAUGGGCACGCAUUCGGAACUAAUUAAACGGAAAGAUGUUUAUUACACGCUCGUAAACGAGCAAGAGAAGGAAAACAUGUAAUGAUAAUAACAUAUAGGAUUUGAUAUCAGUAUAAAGAAUCGAUGUGGUUCGGCAGUAUGGCAUUAUUUAUUCUUAUUUUCUUGAUUGUAGAAUAAUUUUUUCUUUGUACAGUAGGGAAUAGGUGUACGUAUGUAAUUAUGUAAAUGUAAAUUGGCCACGACUACCUCUGAGACGCGAAACAAAUAUUGUGAACAAUAUAAUAAAUUAUUAUUUUAUCUACA